AUUCUCGGCACCAUUUUCCGUUUCUGCGACCGGUCAGCGCCCCCCUCCCGGGCCCUUCUGAAGAGGCGGCGCUCGAACAGGUUUGUUUUUGUAUCUGAAAAGCAGAGUUACCCAAGGGGAGAAGGAAAUGGAGAGGAAGAUGGAGAGAGAGAGAAAGAGAGCGAUAGCGAUAGCUAUCUUCCAUCCACUGGUUUAUUCCCCAAAUGGCCUCAAACCCUGCUGAAGCCAGGAGCCUGGAACUCCAUCUGGGUCUCCCAUGUGGGUCGCGGGGCCCAAGCAGUUGAGUCAUCUUCCACUUCUUUCCCAGCACUCUGUUUUCUACAGUGGACACUGAUGAAAUACCAGCCAAAAGACCAAGAUUAGAUUGCUUUAUUCAUCAAGUGAAAAACAGUCUCUACAAUGCUGCCAGCUUAUUUGGAUUCCCAUUCCAACUGACCACAAAGCCCAUGGUAACUUCUGCUUGUAAUGGAACACGGAAUGUGUCCUCUUCAGAAGAGGUAUUUUCAGGCUCUUCAUCUUGUGAACUGACAGGUUCUGGAUCCUGGAACAACAUGCUGAAACUGGGUAAUAAAUCUCCUAAUGGAAUAAGUGACUAUCCAAAGAUCAGAGUGACGGUAACCCGAGAUCAGCCACGCAGAGUUCUGCCUUCCUUUGGUUUUACCUUGAACUCAGAAGGCUAUAACAGAAGACUAGGUGGCCGUCGCCAUAGCAAAGGCAAUCCAGAGAGUUCCUUAACGUGGAAACCUCAAGAACAGGCUAUAACCGAGACAAUUUCUGAAGAGAGUAGCAAAGGUCUGAGGCGUCCUCACUGCACUGUGGAAGAGGGUGUUCAAAAAGAAGAAAGAGAGAAAUAUCAAAGGUUAUUAGAACGACUUAAAGAAACUAGUCAUGGAAGUUCUGUCCCUUCUGUAACUUCAAAUCAUCACAGUUCUCAAAGAAGUCAGAUGGAUGCAUUAAAGACCAAAGGCUGGGGGGAAGAACAAAAUCAUGGAGUCAAAACAACUCAGCUUGUUCCAAAGCAAUAUAGAGUUGCUGAAACAAGGGGACUUCUAUGUCCAGUGAGAAGUGAAAAAAGGUGCUUUAAGGGGAAAAUUUCUGAUACAGAGAAGAUGGUUGGCAUCAGACUUGACAAUGAAGGUAGGAGGGGACACCAGCUGGAGCCUGACCUAUCAGAAGAAGUGUCUGCCCGGCUCCGCCUGGGCAGUGGAAGCAACGGCUUACUCAGGAGGAGAAUGUCGAUACUUGAGACCAAGGAAAAGAAUUGCGCAAGCAAAGAGAGGGAUAGGAGAGCGGAUGAUCUCCUUGAACUUACAGAGGACAUGGAAAAGGAAAUCAGUAAUGCUCUAGGCCAUGGUCCACAGGAUGAGAUCCUAAGUAGUGCUUUUAAAUUGCGAAUUACUCGAGGCGAUAUCCAGACCUUAAGGAACUAUCACUGGCUGAACGACGAAGUCAUUAAUUUUUAUAUGAAUCUUCUGGUUGAAAGAAAUAAAAAGCAAGGCUAUCCAGUACUUCAUGCAUUCAGUACUUUCUUCUAUCCUAAAUUAAAGUCUGGGGGUUACCAAGCAGUAAAAAGAUGGACCAAAGGGGUAAAUCUCUUUGAACAGGAACUUAUUCUGGUGCCUAUUCAUCGAAAGGUACACUGGAGCCUGGUGGUGAUGGACCUAAGAAAAAAGUGUCUUAAAUAUCUGGAUUCUAUGGGGCAAAAGGGCCACAGGAUUUGUGAGAUUCUUCUUCAGUAUUUACAGGAUGAAAGUAAGACCAAAAGAAACAUUGAUCUGAAUCUUUUAGAGUGGACCCACUACAGCAUGAAGCCACAUGAGAUUCCUCAACAGUUGAAUGGGAGUGAUUGUGGAAUGUUUACUUGUAAAUAUGCAGAUUAUAUUUCUAGGGACAAACCUAUCACAUUUACUCAGCACCAGAUGCCUCUCUUCCGGAAGAAGAUGGUGUGGGAAAUCCUUCAUCAGCAGUUGCUGUGAGAAUGCCCCACCUGGCCCCCCAGCUGCUGGUGGUCUUUCACGGACAUUUCCAUAUACCUCAUGCAUUGUGGGUUAAAAGGUCCCUGCAUCACUUCUGUUCCCGCACAGGUACUGAGCUGUCAAAGAGCAUGAAGGCCUCUCUCUGCGCCACAGUCCUGACUUUGGGUGCGGAGGGCUGCUUGUAACCCUGUUUGUAGGGCUGUGCCUGCUCAGAGCCCUGGACUAUUCAACCCACACAAGAACAAACGCUAAUUAAUAUGUUUUUUAAAAAAAUUUAUUUCCCUAUGAAUGUGGGAAAUGCAGGAUUUAUUCUAUGAAUUGUUUUUCUCUGUGUGUUUGUUCACGUGUAUUCAUUUGCUCACUCAUUUGCAAACACAAUGGGCAGUGGCUAUUUUCCGCUGCUCUUUUACAGUUAAUUCUAAAUUGCUUGUUAAACUAUUUAUUUCUGAAAGGAAUGUUAAUCAAGUUGCCAUUCCUGCUGAAGACCAGGAUAGAAAUCAGUGGGGGGAGGCAGGAAGCGGUAAUAACUUCUCCAACCUGGAGCAGUAGCUGCCAACUUGAAGCUGGAGGUCUUUUUUUUUUUCUUUCCUUUUUUUUUGAGACUUGAAAAUGCCAGGAGAAAUGAAAAUGCUGUGGUGUAGGACUCUGGUUUCUUUUCAGAGGAAGUCUGACACCACAGCAUUGGCACAGCGCGGUGGAAAAGUGGGGCUCUGGCCGGGGGACUCUGGCCAUCCAAGCAUCUUGAGAAGAGUGUCAUGGUCAUCUUAAAGAGACUUCCCUUUCUGGAAAUGAAGUGACUUGGCUUACUCUUGAAACUGGAUUCACAGUCACUGUGUACCCUAAAUCUUCAUUGUAGUCACAGAUCUGGUUGAGUAUAAACCUCAGAAUUGUCAGGUCUGGCCUGAGCUGUUGAUUUCAAAAGAUCCUAUUCAGUUUAAACCUAUUUUUCCUCAGAAUCUUUUGUCUCCUAUAUAUUAAAUCAAAAUUAAGUUUUGUACUCAUUAAGAUUAACAUCCCAUCCUCCCACUCUGCUCCCACUGACAUUUGUGGAAAAAAUGUUAGUACUUGGCUCUGAGGUUGCCAGUUAUACAAUAAUCUAUUUUGCAUAUGAAAGUUUGUAUUUAACUUUUGUUCUGAAAAACCUUACAGAUGUGGUUAUGCAUUUUUAAUUUCAGAAAGUUUAGAAUUGGUCAGAACAUAUUUUGCAAGGUCUAGUGCCUAGUGUUGCUUUUCUGAUGUAAUAAAAGGUUGUCUGGCAGAACCUGAAAAGUAUAUGCUGAAAUGAUUUCUAACCCUUUCCCUACUUAAACCUCCCAAACUUGUUCUGGCACAUAAAAGCAAGAGGUAAAACUGGAAAAAUUUGGCAUGUUUUAGCUCUGACUGUACAUGUCAGCCCUUUGGGUGGAGCAGCCAGUGUUCUCUUAAGACUUAGAAAGGCCUUGGUGUAGCACCUGGGGCCUGUGUUGUGGAUUGAAAUUACAGUGCCUGCUUGCUGGCCAAACCAGAGGACACGUGGGUAAAUGAUGAUUGAAGGAUGAGUUUGGUGUGCUAAGUCUCCCUCAAGUGUAGGCUACGCAGAAAGUCCUUCCUGCAGCCCUCUUCCUUUUCCUUAGAGUUCCUGGAGCUGUGCCAAUGAGUGUUGGGAGCUGAGAGCUGGCAUAGCCAAGGAAAGCCAGAGUUUUGGUGGCAGUGUUCUAUUAAAAACUGGUUCCCACUGGGCAACAACAUUUCUCUGAGAAUUUAAUACCUUGGUUAAGAUCUGUCAUGUUAGGUAAUCCUUUGAGGCAUGGCAGUUUAUAUGCUGCCCACUGAAUGCUACUGGGGGUUGAUGUAGUAGUUGAGGGACUUGUGAAGAGCAGAUUUCAUUGAGCUUCCCAUUAAAGUGAACUCCUCAGGCUCCUUCCUAGUGCUCUCCCAAGACUUAACGAAAUUGGUCCGUGCAGAGUGUUAAGCUGGAGAGAGGCAUUCUGCUUUGCCAAGAGUUCCUGAAUCUAAUGUGAGAGAACAAGCUGUACUUCCUCUAGGCCCUGUGUCUACACAGUUCAUAGGAAAACAGUCAGGUGAUGAAAACAGUGACUGAUUUUAUCAGUAGCAAAUUAGCAACAUGGAAGCUAGUGAUUUUUUUUCUCUAAUUGCAGUAGUAUGGGGGUCUGAUAAGAUACAGUGAACUUGCUGUAAAUAAAUAGUCCCUAGUUUUUAGUAGGUAGUCUCUCUUAAAAGCUGAUAAAAACUAAACAAAUAACACUGUUGGUGAGCAAGCACCUUUCUUUGUACCAGAGCCCAGUGGGGUGGGAGAGAAAUACACCCAGGGCAUGGAAGAAGGUGUUCUUGGGAGCCCCGUAGUCUACCUCAGUUAUUUAAGGCUCUUAGACUCUCUGAUCUUCUCCUCCUCUGCAGUCCUAAGCGUAACUUCGGAAACACCAUGGCGAGGGUGGCUAUCUGCCUGCAUUGUGAAGAGUUGCUUGGUGCUUGGGACCAAGGUGUGGGUGCCAGAAGAAUGUGUCGUGGGAGAAAUAGUGAACCUCAGAUAAUAAAUAAGCAAUCCAGAGGUACUGAAGUUUAUCUUAACUUUAGUACUGUAGUUAGGCUGCAUUGUUUCAAUUGGCUUCUGUGAACUAAUUGGAAACCUCUAAUCUCUUUCUAACAGUUUCUUUGAGAGUAACUCCAGGUAUUCAACCAAACUUUUGGUUCUUAUUUGUAAGUUGGACCUAGCAGGCUGUGUUGUUUUGAUAAUGUUUUUCUUUUUAAUUUACCUAAUAUAUACAAGGAUGAGGUUUGGGUGUAUUGGAAGGUGUUGAUUUUAUCUAUUUACCAAUAAAUUCAUCUCUUUAAUUCA